AUGGAUAUCCCCCUUUCCAGCUUUAAAGGAUUGUACUCGUCAGAAGAUCGAGCUCUGAUGUUAUCAGAUUUAUCGCAUUGGUUCCCAAUUUCAUCAUUAUCACCCCAAUCGACACUUCUCAACGAGGCCCUAACGUCGAAAUUCCAUAAUAGAAUGGGUCAACAGGGUUCACAUCCAGCUGGAGUGUACCCUGACGAUGAAGACCCAUUCGAGAUGCAUUCCGUCCCUUCAACUAUGACUUCCUGUCCAUCCGAUAGUAAGGACGAACGGUCCUUAAUCCCCAAUCGACGUACACAAGAUUUGGAUUAUAUCGAAAGCAAAGAUAUCCUCAUUACCCGCGUUGCCAACCAUCUGCUCCAGCUGUCACCUACAAAGUCAUCAGUGUCUGAUCUCAUCACUAUGACCGAUACUGAGCGUAGUUCAACGGAGACGCCAGAAAGCCCGAAGCUUAAAAAGUCCAAAAAGAAGAAACAUCAACAAAAAACCACUGAAUCUCCUUCUCAACAUACCAGAUCAAAGCACGAGCGGGAUCGCACGCGAAAGCACCAGCACCAAGCAAACGCAGAUACCGACACCGAGAUCCCACCUCGCUCGAAAAAACAAAAAACCAAAAAAAACAAGGCCAAAAAGGCAAAGAAGACACAUGUCUCUGAAUCAGAUCAUAGAUCCCAAUCAGAUUGUGGUAGUGCAAAUCCCGGACAAUCUCAACUUCAACUUCAACUACCCACCAAUAUAUCCAGCUUUACCGAUUUCAUCGACCACGGUUGUGAACUCGACGAGCAAAUGUAUCCCGUCUAUCCAAACGGAAAUACCGUGUUUGUCAAAGCCCCCAAUAGACCAGUAACCAACUUUGGUUUUAUUGGUUGGACGCAUACCAUGAAGACGGACAACUCCCAUAAAGACUGGAAAAUCUUAAGAUUUAAGUGUCUGGGUGUAAUUCUUUGUUCGGUUUCAACAUGCCCCCUAACUGGAUCACCUCCAACAGGCCGCCACAUGAUCUCUGAGCUGAUAGAGCGUGGGUGUGACGGCAUUCAGGUUCACAUUCCAUGCAAUGGCCGAUGUCGAAUUGACGAACACAAACCAUCCAAUUGGCGCCUACUACGACAUCAAGGGCAGCAUGAUCACGUCUGGCCUUCGGCUAAAAAGGCGCCCCCGUUGGCGAAGCAAAAGUUGAAAGAGAUCAUCAUUAACGACCCCACCACUGGGCCUUUAUCAUUGAAGGUUGGGCGAGCCCAUGUAGGGACUGCUCCUAUACGUACCGUAUCUGACAUUCAUCCGUCGUUUGACCAUGUCGACCGCCUGGGUAAUUUGCGUCGUGCAUUCCUGGUUCAAGAAGGUCUGAUGCCGGACUCACAAGAUAAGGAGGCCGGUGACAAGUGGCUCAUGCAAUUUAUAUAUUGGUCCACUAACUGGAUGGCACAAAUUCUUGUCAAUGAAGAGGACGGAAUAGCUUACGAGGGAGGCCUUUUAUCCGACGUUACCUACCGCUUUUUCGAAAACGGAUACCUGUUGACAACUUCUAUGUAUCUAGAAAAGUUAGAAAGAUGGGUUCCCAUCCUUCUCUCGUGGAUCAACGGACUUAGUCAGCAUCAUUACAAAGCACACUUCAAGACCCUCUUUGUCCAGAUCGAACAAACAUCAAUGUCUGACGAACAGAAGAGUAGACUCACUGAACAAAUCGUCGACUUUUCACUUGCACAGAAGUCUGGAUUUAUCGAAGCCUACAUGGAUGUGUUCAAUGUCUCUCGAGAAGUUGCCCUUUCGAAGUUACACGGCUGCGAACAGCACUUUGGCCAGGCUAUUACUCGACUCAGGAAAAAUAGAUCCAUUGUCCCGUGGCAGGACGAGAAAAGCUGGGUGGCAAAAUGCAAUGCCUUGAUGGAGCCGGACAGCCCUGGAAACACCCUGGAUGACAAAUUCGUCGUAUUAUCCCGGGCAUUUCCUCGUGCCAAGAGGUGGCUAGACUGGUGGCGCACCUCGGACAUCCAGGCCAUGCUCUUCCCUGCCAGGAAGCGCAUGCCUCUGGAUGAUCCACCUUUGGACAACGAAACGGGCGAAGAAACUGGCGAUGUGUCAAGGAAACGCAAAAAGCGAGGCCGGGAUGAUGGUUUACCUUCGACCACCAACGGCCAAGAAUCCAUGCACAGGAUCUACUACCUACUUUGCCCUGGGAAAUGUAACAUUAUUGGCGGUAUUAUUCAACUUUUAGCUUUUGUCCAAAGCUUGGAAAGAGAUCACCAAAACCUCAACCGAGGUAUCUCUGUCGCGUAUGGCUCUUCCCAGAAGAACUGGGAGGGCCUAGUCAAAGGAAUGCAAAUGUCCAAACCGACGAAACAAAAGUUCAUCGCAAACGACGGCCGCCCUCCCGAUACCACCGACGAACUUUUGGGAAAUGUGUCAAAGAAGUCGAAAAGAGGACCAGGAAGACCCAAAGGCUCUCAGAAUGUCAUGCGCCAGCCUUUGACUACGUAUCAGUCAUACAAAAAAGGUACGAAGCAAGGCUCUCGCAAUCGUUGUUGGCAGUCUUCGACGCUCGAGUGCCUAUACACGCUUUUUGGACCCCUUUGGAGCCGACACGCUACAGUCAACGGGACUCAAGUUAUUCAUAUCAUCUAUACCCACUUCACCAAACGUUCGACCCUUCAACUACAGGGUAAACCAAUCCUUGGGCACCUAUCUACUUAUCAGAAUUUGAUACACACCGCCCUGCAAGGCCUUGGCACCUUUCCUGUCGACGGUUUUGCCUCUGCAGAUGCGGUCAUGGAAAUAUUACUUCGACCAGGUCGUAACUCAAUUGGACCAAUGUUUGAAUUACCCAUACUCAAAACCUCGAGAUGCACGGCGAACAUCAACCACAGCUCCAGCACGUUGACUUCAAGAGCCAUUCUACAGGUUUUCCCCUAUACUUUUACCGAAGCUGGACUGUCUUACGCACAGUUGGGUCUAUUGUUGGAACGAUGGGUGUCUGAAGGACUGUCCUCCAGCGACUGUGUAUGCCAACGGUGUCACCCAGACGAAGAAGGUGACAGUGUUGGCGACGACGUUGUCGUAUGUGAACCACGGCGCAAUAACGUCGAAGGCUGUGCGAUGAUCAAAGAGACAAUCAAAAUUCAUCUCGUGGACAUUAAAUCAGCACCAAUUCAUCUUUACUUCACUUUAGAAGGUGUCAUGAAUAUGCCGGAGGGCGAUGAGCGCGACGCGUAUCAGGGCGAAACUAACUGGCCAGCACGGAUCAAGAUUGGCGAAGUUGAUUAUUACAUGAUGACCCGUGGCUUUUGGGGUGCUUUUCAUUUCUGGUGCAAGGUAGUGCGGUCAGUGGAAGGAGUAUUAGGUGUUUGGCAUUAUGACGAGGCUGAAAACCAAGGAAUUGCUCGACUUCUGGACCGGGACAUGACCAGCAUCGGUGGUUGUCAACCGCACACCAGCUGGUGUCUGAUGAAAGAAUUUCCCCAACACCAUCAUUCCAUCCCAUUCUCGAUGCUGUUGCCAGACUUUCCGGUAGGAGGUGGGUUGCCAUCUGCCGAAGUCAUCGCUCAGGACCUCACAGUGGCCACUGUAGUAUCCGCGACAUCAAAUCCAAUUGACCUCGCUGAGGAUGAUCAAGCUUGGGACAAAUUGGCCUCCCUUCCGGACAACGAAUGCCUGGAGGAAUUAUUGAUACCGAAAAGCCCGAUAAUACCACCUACCAAUCCCUUGAAAAUCAAGGUGAGAAUGGCGGCGCACUCAUCCCAACCUCCGGUACCUAUUGAACUUCCUAAUCAUCUCGCGGUCACCACCGAAGAGAACCUAAUUCCUGUUAAAAGGAACCCUCGACGUUCGAAAAAACCUGUUCAGGAUGAUAUACCUGUGAUACCUGAAACUGUAAAACCGGUCAAAGGCGUCCGAAAACGUGUACCUAAACGUUGA